AUGGAUCCCUCGGAGUACGUCGCCUUCGGGAGGCCGUCGCCGCGCAGGGAGGUGCAUCUGCAAGGCCCGCGGCCGUCCCCUCUCAAGGUGAGGAAGGAUUCCUACAAGAUCAAGAAGCCGCCGGUGGCGCCGCCCGGAGGGGGUCCAUCGCAGUCCCAGCACCCGCCGCCGCACGCGGCGGCGCUGGCGGCGCAGCGGCCACGAGAGCCAGUGAUCAUCUACACCGUCUCCCCCAAGGUGAUCCACAUCGAGCCGAGGGAGUUCAUGUCUCUGGUACAACGGCUCACCGGCGCCUCUCCCACGGCCCUGUCGGGCCCCGCCGCCGACUCUGGAAUGGGGAACGCGAUGAGCUACCCCAGCCCGGUUGCCACCGGCGCGAUAUCGCCGGCCGCGCGGCUCGCCACCAUCGAGCGCGCGGGUCAGAUGUCGGCCGGUCCCAACAGGUCCAUGAUUUUCCACGGCGAUGACUUCGUAGAGCAGCAACUGGGUAUCGGCGGCGGCGGGGCGGCGACGCUGGACCGUGCGGGGAGCUUCCCGGGGAUUCUUUCGCCUCUUCCCUCCGCGCUGCCGCCCUUUUCCCCCAACAUCUUCUCGCCGGCGGUGGUGGACCCUUCCACCAUGUCCUUCUUGAACGAGAUGAGCCCUGUCUUCCGGCCCAACAACACCAACAACAGCAACAUCUUCACCGACGGCCCCUUCCUCCCCAGCCCGGGGAACUUUUUGUCGACUCCAAUUCUCCCCUCUCCUGGUGCCUACUGGGACUUCAUCAGCCAAUUGUGA